AUGGCCGCCAAACCCCCAGACCCAGUUUCGGGUUCCACGAGACCCCCUAUCGCCUCGUCCUCACCGGAUGGAAAAGGUGUGAAGGACAAGGAGACCCAACACCAAAAGAAGAGACCCAGGGCUUUCGACCUUACCAAAGACGCGAGGCUAGACGAUGAGAUGUUAGAGGAUAGUGCUGAAAGCGAACCACGAACCAAAGCGGAUUCACCCAUAGGAGCAUGGUCCAAUGGAUCGGCGAAGCUUUUCCAUGACACUGAUGAAGAUGAUGAGUGGUACAUAGCUGAAUCUGAUACGGAGGAUGUUGAAAUGGCUAACAAGGAGGAGGAUGAUUAUAUUGCUGAAGAAGAUGACCCGCGAUGCCCAACGAUUCUGUUUACGGCCAAAGAAAAGCUCGAUUGGAGACGGAAGUGGAGGUCUGCCUUGAUAGUCAAGGGUUUAGGCCGUGAUAUCCCGUUCACCCCACUGUCCAAUAGGUUGUGGUCGCUAUGGGCACGAAGAGGAGCUAUAAAAAUCUCUGAUAUGUCUAAUGGAUGCUAUCUAGUGAGAUUCAAGGUUAAAGAGGACUAUGAGUAUGCAUCGUCGGGGGGACCAUGGUUGAUCGGCGACACGUACCUUACUGCGAUACGGUGGUAUAAGGGCUUUAAUCCCUGGAAAUCUCACGUCAACUCAGCCUUGGUUUGGGUGCAGCUACCUGAGCUGCCCGUGAAAUAUUUUAAUAAAGAGGCAGUCCUUCGUAUAGCUCAACAGAUUGGGAGACCGAUCCAAGUAGAUCAAGCUACAAUAAUGGGAGCGAGGGUCAAAUACGCAAGGGUCUGUGUGGAAGUAGACUUAACCAAACCCCUCCUCUCACAGUACAAAAUAGAGGGUAUUACGUAUGGAGUGGGUUAUGAGGGGCUUCAUCGACUAUGUGGCAAAUGCGGAUGCUAUGAUUUCCAUAGUGGUGAGUGCCCAAAAAAACCCCAAGAGGAACGAGAACAAGAGACGAAUGUGGAAGUGAAUGGAAAGAACCCGGCUACAACUGAUUUACCUACUGGACAGAUCUAUGGGGAUUGGAUGGUAGUGAAGAAGAAGGCCUGGAAACCAAGUAACAAGGUGGAGGCGAAUGAUAAGAGAAGUGGCUCGGAACAGGGAAGACGAAGGAAUUUUAUUAACCGGUUUGAUGUGCUGCAUGCUGAAAGUGAGGGUGAAAAUCCUAAGCCUUCCCAACAUGGGCCUGACACUCAACAGACCCAACAGAAAGGUACAACCAGGGAGUCAAACAAAAAUAAUGGAGCAGAGGAAGGAGGGUAUGUGCAGGCGAAGAAAGGGAAUAACACAAAGAAACCACAAAAACCACAAGCCCCUAAGACCACUAACGAGGGGAGCGGGACUAAGAAAUCUCAAACGACACCGAACAACCAGAAACCGGUGAAGGAGGCGGCCCCGGGAGGCACAGCUAAGGUGUUGUUUCGGGCAGUAAAUAAUAAUAACAACAAGGCACCAGUAGCGGGAAAUGCAUCUCCCACACAACCGGGCAAGUCGACGGUAGAAGGGGUACAAACUGCAGACAGGACGCUGGAUGGCCACCAACAGACCCAAUUCGGCCAGGAUAAAGAUCGUGAAGGCGCGGGGAGCCCAUCCCCUUUGGGUAAAUAA